GCGGCCGUUUUUAAUGCUUAUACGUGUUUUAGCUGUGUCGCGUAGGCUGUAUUACUAAGGGGUCGUUUGGAAGUUGCUAUUGUUUUGUUGAGAUUGUCAUUAUGCAUGUAUGGUUUACAAUGCAUUGUUUUUUUGUUUUUUUAGCAGAACAAUACAUGGAUUGUUUCUGUGAUGUGACAGAAACUAUCACUCAUUUUGAGUGAUUGUUAUAUCUCAACUUUUAGUUGUGAUUGUUGAGAUAGUUAAGUUGAGAUUGUUUUGUCUCAGUUUUUAGCUGAUGCGACAUACACAAUCACACAUACCAAACGUUGUAUUCUACAAUGAAUCAAAUUCGACAAUACAUGUAUAAUAUUAUACAUGCAUUCUCAACAAUACAUCUAUUUAACAAUCGCAACUUCCAAACGACCCCUAAGAUUUGCAGGCAAUUUUUUUUAUACAGUAUAGGGUGCAAACCCUUGAUUAUGUAUAAUGCAUAAUAAGAUCUAGACCUAUAUAAUUUUAAGUGAGACUAAAGCUAAAGAAUAAAAAUUAAUAAUUUUUAUUUUGUUUUAUUUUUACAUUUUUAAUCGCCCUUUAUCUUUUUCCUUCUAACUUUAAUUUCAAAAAUAGUAAUGUAUCGUUUUAAUUAAUACUAUUUUAAUUGAUACAAUAGUAAUGUAUCCUUUUUUAUUUGUUCAUAAUGGCUAUUAAAAAGGGAAAAUAGAUAUAAUGAAGAAUGAUACUUAUAACAUAUCUUAAUAAAUUGCCACAAUGACUAAUAAAAAGCUAGUAGUCACUCUAACUUAUUCGAAACAAAUAUUGCGAUACCUAUAACACACACAUAUCGAGUUACACGUAGUUCCACCAUCUCCUAUUCCACUAAUUAACUUUGGAAUAUUGAUCGGCAACGGGCAACUAGCAAGACAAUAAGUCGGCUAAUCAAAAGAUUCAAAACACCUCCCAUGGGCCCGACACACUAUUUUCACCCCACAAAACACAGCUUCCUAAUCAAACAUACAGAAGGAGGAGGAGGCGGCUAACUAUUAUGCCAUUGAACCAUUGCGAUUAAUGUUCAACGACAAACAUGUAUCUAUUAUUGUGGAUUCUCUUAAAAAAAAAAAUCUAGCGCGACUUAGUAGUCCGCCAUAGAUUUGACUAUUAAUUAAUAACUUUGCUUCUGGGGUAUAAUUAACGUCACCAGAAGCCUUAAAAAGUAAGGCUUGUAAUUAGAAUUUAGAAAUUUAAGCAUAUUAAGACGGCCGGCCAUUGGUUUUAUAAUAUAAUUAUACAUAGUUUCAAUAAACCCUUCAACAAAAUUUUGAUACCACCUCGUAAUGAAGACUCCCAACUAAUCACAGAGUGUUAUCGAACUACAGCUCUUGUUUCUUAAUUAAUUCAAUCAAGCUUCUUUCUCUACUAUUUUAGUUAAAAUAAUAGUAACUUAAAUCGUGCCGAAUUGGAACUUUCCUGUUUUCUAUAUAUAAUACAGCCUUCCCAUUUACAUAUCUCUCUCUGUCCAUCUUUCACUUUCUGCCUCUCUUUCUCUCUGGCUCAACACAUCUCCCUCAAAUUUUCACAACUAAAAAGGUGAAGAAGUGGCUGCAGGCAUGGGAUUCCGACACCAAGUAGAGGUGAAAAUCACGAGCUGGGUUGACAUGGCGGCGAGUUACAUAAGCUGGGUGGUGGUGUCCGGACUCGCCCGGGUCGGGUUGCUGAAGUCGCCGGCGGCGACGGACACCUCGUCGGAACCUAGUACCACAAUGGACAGCUACUUCGUGUUGAUAGACGGAUGCUCUCCGAUGUGCGUCCCCGUGGACCGGCUGAUGAGGGUGAUCAAGAGGUGUCUCCCGGUCAUCACUUACGCCUCUUUCCUCGAGAAAGCCGGCGCCGGCGACCACAGGAAGGCGGCGGAGAUCAGGGAGAUCAACACGUGUACGGUGUGCAUGGAGGGGAUAAUGGGAGAAGAGGAGGUGAGGGAGCUGUGCAAUUGCGAGCACGUGUUUCACAGGGAGUGCCUUGACCAUUGGGUGGACAUGGGUCGGGUCACCUGCCCGCUCUGUCGGGCGAUGCUUUUCCCCGGUAGUUUGGGCCUGGCCCAAUUGCGUGCCUACUCUUCGCCGUCGAUGUCAUCACCGGAUCACGAGCAGGAACGUGGCCGUGACCGCGAUGAAGGCGACCACACGAUCGAUCGACCGAUGAUGACGUAGGCCAACCCGACCCGGCAUGGCAGCAUCCCCAACCAACCGUCCGGCCAGUUGUUAGUUGAUGUAAUUAAUUAAAUAGUGUACUAGUAUUGUAUCGUGGGUCACAAUGUCGUAAUGUGUGGAUUUGGAAAGUAUUAAUACGCAGGGAUUUGGAUUUGAGUGGGAAGUUUCUGUGAAAUUAUUGGUUUCUAGAAAACUUAGAUGAUGAAAUACUUCACACAGAACCUGCCAUCGGGGAUCCAUCCGAUGUCAAUUCCCAGUCCUCUGUUAAAAACUUAAAAUACUGGCUGCUAUUUGAUUUUGUAGGGAGCCAAUUUCCGAAACUUGUUUUCCAGUAAUUGAUCAGGGCGCCCUCUUACUUAAAAAAAAAAAAAAACAUUAUAAACUGGGCCGAUUGCAAGGCCCGUGAGUGUGGGCCGACAAGGGAGUGAUGUUGUCAGUGGCGUAGAAAAUUAUAACAAUUCCAAUGACAUAGAGACAGCCGCCCAAGGCCCACAACUGUUCAUUUUGUAUUGCACAUUUUUUGUUCAUAAUUUUCUUGAACAUUUUAAUCACACAAUUGUUCAUAUAAUGGCGGUUAUAUAACUAUAUGAACAUGUGAGAUGUGACUAGCAAUAUUUUAUAAGCAAUCAAGAGAAUUAAAUAGUAUUUGAAUAUAUUACAUCCACCAAAAGUGUACAUUUUAGUGGAUAAGAAUGGUAGAGGAAAAUCGGCAUUAGCAUCUAUAGAAAGAUUAUGACCAAAGAGAGAACUUGGUUAAUCAUAAGUUAAGUGUUGGAUGUCUGGGUUUAGUGAAAGGUAUACUUGGUCGUUUAUUGUUACAUUAUAUCAGUCUACAUAAAUAAAAAGGAUUAAUCUACUUCUCAAAAAAGUGUUGGGUGGUACUUGGCACCGGUUAGAUUAGGAUACAUUUCAUUUUAUCAUUAACACGGACAUGAGUUUGAUAUUGGUUGGUUUAUCAAGUUAUUCAUCAAUCGUUUAAUCUACUUAUCAAUUAAAUAUUAAAUAUACCUUUUCAAAUUUCACUUUCAAAUCUAUAAUUUAAUUUAAUUAUUUAUUAAUGAAAGAAUUAGAUUAAUGAAGAUCUUGAUACACCAACCAAUAUCAAAGUCUAUGUCGAUGUUAAUGUUAAAAAAUGAAAUGUAUCCCAAUUAAACCGGUGUCAAGUCCCGCACUGGGACACUCCUGACUGACACCUGACCUUUGUCCCUGCCAUUCUUGUUCUUCUCCCCGACCUUUGUCACUCAUAAAUUUAAAGAAAAAGCAAAUGGAAAACGAAAAGAAACCUCAAAGGGUAAUUGAAAGCAAGAUUCUCUCCAUCCCUCCCCAUCAUCUGAAUCUGAUUCAUUUGCCCUUUAGAACUACAGCAGGAGUGCUGAACUGAACAUAAAUUCUUAACAAACGAAAUCAUUGUACUCACUCCAAUUCAAUAUUCAGGGUAGGGGGAAGGCUAAAAUGUAAAAUCAGAUGUGAACUUGUGAAGUAAUUGAUGAUGAAAACAAACAACCAAAAUUGUACCGUUCCUGCACCAGCUUGCUAAUCUUCCAAGCUUCGCAGGCAGCGAGUCCCCAACGGCCCAACCCCAUUUCCUUUUGUCUUCUCUGCUACUUUACCCAUUUCCCCCUUCCUCUUUCUACUUUUCGAUCCAUAAUUCAAAAAAAGAAAAAAAAAAAAGUCUU